AUGGCAGAUACUAUCGACACAGCGUGUGGAUGUGGUUCCAGGAACAUCAGUCUGUUCUGUAACGAUUGUGAGUGUUUCCUCUGUUCGGAUUGUUUAGUAGAUAAUCACAAAAAACAUGACUUCGCCAAGCUUCACGACGUGGCCAAAUCCAAACGCAUACAACUGGACGAAAUCGUAGAGGAAGGUAGGGAUUCGCUUGUAUCUCUGUUACAGACAAACCUCGCAUUCAUACAGGAAAAUAUGGGUCUGGAGACCAAGAACCACGAUGUAGUUCUUGGACAAAUCUCUAACAGAGCUUCAUUCCUGGAAAAGGAGUUGGUUAGUCUGAAGGAAAGCUACAUAAAACAUUUACGGGAGUUUUCCCAAGGUCGGCAUCACUAUCUUAAUGGUUUACAAACUUUAUUGUCUGAAGUGCUGGCCGCUGCUUUGGAAUAUCCCGCAGCUUGUGAUUCAGAGCAGAACGAAGCCAAGAACGUGCAGGUGGUUAUGUUGGAGAUGAAACUGCAGAGGGCGCUGUCAAUGAUAUCACAAAUGUCUAAAUGGCCGACAACCCCAUGUGUUGAAUUGACAUACACAGACGCUGAUAAAUCUUCUGAUCAUGACAUAUCCAUACUAAAAACCCUGUUUGGCUCAAUCAAACAAAAAAAUAGUGAAAGCAUGAAAGAUAUAUCUUUGAUGGAAAGUAUGAAUAACAAUGUCAUAUCGUUAACGGGAAGAGUCAAUGAAAACAAGGGCGCAUGUGUAGCUGUUCUAGACGUAGAUGAUGCUGUGUGCAUUGACGAAAUGUUUCCGGUUGCUGGUUCGGAUGAAGUAUUUGUAAAAAGCGGGAAAUCAUUCUACAAGACGAAUCUAAACAAAUGUAAGCUGUUUAUGUCGGAUAUAAAGGACAUUGCGAUGAUGAAAGACGGAACAGUUCUCGUAAUCAACAACGAGGACACUUGUGUUCACCAGGUGCUCCCUGACGGAGCGUCCCGCGUGUUCGCGAACAUGUGUCCCUGCCAACCACAUUGCGUGUUCGUGUCCAGCACAGGGAGCGUGCAGGUUGUCAUGCAGGAGGAGGGGCAUCAUCCCGUGGUUCUGGCUGAGUUCAAUAACUACGAAAUGAAGGUCAAGGACAUGCGUGUCGAGGAUAUUGAUCUGUCCUUUGUCCGUUUCCGGAAAGAUAUUUCUGGGCGAUUGUAUUACAUCAAAAUGUCAUAUUUCCCACUAAUAGAAAGUGUGCACGUGCUUAAUGAAACCGAAUCAAAUCCAAAUCCAGAAUGCUACCCUAUCGCGGGUAUAUUUGGAUACGACCCGUCAGCUGCCUGCAGACCACUCGAUGCGUGUAUUGAUGACGAAGGAAGGGUCAUCAUAGUUGACCACAAAAACAAUGCAAUUUACCUCCAGGACCAAGAGGGCAGGUUAGUAAGCAUGUUAGUUGCGCCACAGCAGCAUUUGCUGACGUCGCCGAGGUCAGUGCUCCUCGUCAAGGACCAAUUGUGGAUUGCAUGUGAUGACAGGAAAAUUCACAUAUUUAACUACAAGCAACUCAUAAUGGAUAGAAAGAAAGAAGCGGAAGUAUUGAUUUCAGAUAGUUGA